AUGUUAUUAGCCCAAGAAAAAAAAUAUAGCAGAGGCUUCAAAUUUAAUCAUGUGUGGCCCAUCCUCAAACACAUUCAGAAAUUUACAAGUGAUGAUAACAUCAAUGCACCAAGUAGAUUCCAACAAGAUGGUCCUAAUUUUACUUCGUCUGAAUCAUCAUCUCACAAUUUUGAUUCUCCGACGUCAGCAUCCACCGGUAUGAGUUCAUUUGAUCUUAAUAUAAAUAAUGAGGAAAUCAUUACUAAUUCAACUGAAAGACCUAUUGGUGUGAGAAAAGCGAAGGCAAAACAAUUAAGUGAUGAUCAAUUUAACAAACUAAUGGAACAAAGUAAAAAACUCAUUCAAGUUAUUGAAAAGAGUAACACAGAUAGAAAUGAACGUCAUAAAAGAAAGACUGAAGAUAAAAUUUUAUUCACGGAUUUGGAUUCUAUAUCCGAUCCAGAGUUUCGCCAGUACAUUCAAAGCGAAAAAAGAAGAAUUUACAGAGAAAGAGCACAAAUAUCCGAAGUUGGAGAACAAAGAGAAAGAUCUCAAUAUCAGGGAUCACAAUAUCGAGCAUCUCAAUAUCAAGGACAAAGUGCUCAAGAUGAAGGGCAACGAUCUCAAGAUCAAGGUGAAAGAUCUGAAAAUAACUCACAAGAUUAUAGUACAUAUUUUGACUAUCUUGGCGGAACAGGGAAUAAUUUUCCAUAUUAUUGA